AUGGAUGAGGAGCCCAAACGGAAUUUGUUACAUUGGUUCAGGAAAGGUCUACGACUACACGAUAAUCCCUCGCUGAGGGAAGCAUUGGACGGCGCAAGUUCGUUUCGAUUUCUGCUACAGUGUCUUGAAGAUCUCGAUUCUAGUCUGCGGAAAUUAAAUUCCCGUCUGUACGUGGUGAGAGGACAACCUGAGGAUGUAUUUCCAAAAUUGUUCAAGAGAAAAAUCAUCAGUGAAAACGAUGGCACCCCACCCCUCACCUUCAAGCGUUUCCAGUCCGUUCUUUCGCGUUUGGACCCUCCAGCGAAACCAGAGGACCGAAUUACGUUAGAUACAAUUUGUCAGUGUAAGACCCCUACAUUGCUUGCCCAUGACGACAAAUACGGGAUCCCUUCCCUUGAUGACCUUGGGUUUGACACGUCUGGUUUGUCCUCGAACGUGUUCCGUGGUGGGGAAUCCGAGGCAUUACAGAGACUACAAGGGCACCUGCAGCGCAAGGCCUGGGUUGCCAGUUAUGAGAAGUCCAAGAUGACAUCACAGUCACUGUUCCCUAGUCAGACAACUUUGAGCCCAUACCUAAGUUUCGGAUGCAUAUCUCCGCGACUGUUUUACUGGAAGUUACAUGAGCUCUACAGAAAGAUAAAGAAGCAAAACGACCCUCCAUUGUCGUUGCAUGGACAACUUUUGUGGCGGGAAUUCUUCUUCACAGCAGCAACUAAUAACCCCAGCUUUGACAAAAUGGAGGGCAAUGCAAUUUGUAUUCAGGUGCCGUGGGAUAAAAACCCUGAAGCGUUGGCAAACUGGGCAGAGGGUAAGACUGGGUUUCCGUGGAUAGAUGCCAUAAUGGUACAGCUGCGUGAGGUGGGCUGGGUCCAUCACCUGGGUCGCCAUGCUAUUGCCUGCUUCUUGACGCGGGGGGACCUCUGGAUAUCAUGGGAAGAAGGAUUCAAGGUGUUUGACGAGCUGUUGAUGGAUGCUGAUUGGUCGGUGAAUGCGGGAAUGUGGUUGUGGCUCUCAUGCAGCUCAUUCUUCCAGCAGUUUCUCAACUGCUAUUGUCCGGUUGGUUUUGGCAAACAGGCCGAUCCCACUGGUGACUUCAUCAGACACUACCUGCCAGUGUUGAAGGCUUUUCCGGCCCAGUACAUCUAUGAGCCCUGGAAUGCCCCCGAGAGCGUGCAGGUUGCAGCCAAGUGCAUCGUGGGUAAGGACUACCCCGUUCCCAUGGUGAACCACGCAGAGGCUAGCAAGCUGUGCAUGAAGAGGAUGAAACAGGUCUACCAGAUGUUGCUUAAGAUGCGGGCUAAAGUGCAGCUUCCCAAGCAGAUUGCAUACAAGGCAACAGAGCAGGAGGUCUCAGAGGAUAAACCAACCAGGGAUAAUCAUCAAUCGAAAGCAGACAUAAUCCCAAAUGUGGAAGACGUGUUCAGCUCUGGAAGUGAAAGCGACGGAUAGAUAUCUGUGAAAGCGUAACAUUUUUUUAGAGAACUUUUCUGAGAAAAGUCAACAAAAAGUAAUACUGUGUUUAAUCUUUUUUAGCAUUAUUUUGUUGAAAAAGUGUAGCCUUUUUGUGUUAAUAGAAUGAUCAGCAUUCAUUCAUUGAGAAUCCAUAGCAAGAGAAUGUUUCUGAAUAAAUUAUACAGAACCUGCAAAAAUAAAAUUGAAAAGAAGUAACAUUAUUUGUUUUAUAUUUAAUUUAAAGAAAAUAUACAGUUGUGAUUUUUUUGUUUGUUUUUUGCUUCAGAAAAAAGUGUGAAUGUAAAAAUGAAUACGUCUGUGAUUUAGUAAUUCUUACUUUGAAAAUCUAGUGUGAAAUGUUAACAAUAAUAUUUGUAUAUAUGUUACAUGUUACUGUUGGUUUCAACAGACAGUUUGAAGUGUGCUUAGGAAUUCCGCGUCAGUACACGAAACUGCACUUGUUUGACAAUUAAGAAAAGAACAUUGACUGAAAAGGAUUACACUUCUGAGUACUUUUACUGGCUUGUAAUAUUGUAAUAUCAAAAUGCACCUGCAUGCCGUGCAGUUAGGAAAACAGGAUUCGGAGAGCAUUGCUUGAACUGUGAACAUUCCUAUUCAAUCACCAUGAUGUGAAGUGUGGGAAAAAAUAUGUAAGGACAAACAAUUUUCCUGACUGCAGAGAAAUGGAAUGGACUGUAACAGUAUCGUUAAGAAAAUAGGGAGGGUUUAACUUGUGUACAUAUAUUUAUUGUUAUAUACGUAUGCAAAGACGUACAUCUAAGUAAAUAUUCUUAUUUAUGUUAAAUUGGUAUUAUAGCUCACCAAUAUUUACCUGGCACUGACUUCUAUGCGUGAAGAUAUUAAAAUACGAUAGUCAUGAAUGUUUUGGUAUCUCUUCUAGAAGCAGUUGAAAUUAAAGUGAUUUUAAAGUAUAAUGUUUAUGGCCUUGCUAAACUUGCAAAAUGUGCAAAAACAAAAGUGAAUUCAAAUAUAUGCACAUUUAGUGCAAAUGACAAUGUAGCCGAGCCACACACGUUUCCUCUAUAUGACCCUUUAUGUUGCAUUCCAUGUUUGUAUGUUUCUUUUACGAAUGCAACUGAUGUUAAGAUUUGGUUUUGUACUUGUUUGAGCAAAUACUGUUGUUUUUUUAUCAUCAAUGCACUUUUAGCAAAAGUUAUAACCACCAGUUACGAAAAUGGCUGUGAAAUUGAAAUUUGGUUAAAUAUAAACAUGUAAAAAAAAUUUGGUUACUCAAAAAUCUGUCAUCUGCAUGUCAAUGUAUGUUGAUAACCCUUUUAUGUGAACGUUAUUUCACCUUGAUGUGAACAUAUUACACUUUGGUGUGAAUGUUAUUACACUUUGGUGUGAACAUUAUUACACUUUGGUGUGAAAUAUUGUGCUGUAGAAAUUCAUAGCUCAUACUUCAAUCUGAAAUUAUUAUAAAUACAGAGCUAUUUGUGUUUGGUGCAUUUUAUUUAUUUACAUUUUUGGUGAAUGUUUUCAAGAUUGUGAAACAUCACCUACAUUCUUUGGCUUAAUAAAGAAAAAACAACUUGAACAAAAUCAAAAUUAAUUGAAAUAAGUAUAUUG